AUCGGUAACUCAAUAAAUCGACAGAAAUAAACGGUGUAUCGUGGACGCGUCGCCACCUUGUGCCGAAUUUUUUCGCACGAUCGGCAUAAAUUCGAUCCUGUUUACCAGCGGAUCCCGUGGUCACGUUAUCCCAUCGAUAUCCGCGAGACAUUCAAUCUCGUACGAUUGAUUCUCGAUUUCUCGAAUUUCAUCGUCCACCGCGACACUCGACGAGGUGCGCCUUCAUCUCGGAAUAUAUUCGCAACCGUGAUUCGCGAGGCAACGUUCAUAACAUUGUCACUAAAUCGCCAUUUCGAUCGGGUUGUUCGUAGAUUUUCGGUGAAAUCGAUUUUUUAGCGGCGAUCAUGAGCAUCGAAGACAAAGUUGCUUUAGUCACCGGAGGAGCGAACGGCAUUGGAUUCUGCACUGCUAGGAAGCUUCUCAAAAAUGGAGCUAAGGCCGUAGCUCUGUUAGAUUUAGCAGACUCCGGUGGCGAAAGCGCAGCUGCAGACUUGAACAACGAAUUCGGGAAAGACCGUGCAAUAUUCGUAGUUUGUGAUGUGGCAAAGAGCGAACAAUUGAAAGAAUCGUUCAAGAAAGUUAUCGACACUUACGAGCGCCUAGAUAUUGUCAUAAACAUUGCUGGAAUUAUGGAUGACGCUGACUGGGAGAUCAUGGUCGACGUUAAUUACAAAGGCAUCGUUCACGGCACAAUUCUGGGACUGCAUACUAUGGGGAAAUAUAAGGGCGGUAAUGGCGGAACCAUAGUGAAUAUGUCUUCCGUCGCUGGCCUCGAGGGCAUACCUAUAGCGCCAAUUUAUGGUGGCACCCAAUACGCGAUUGUUGGAUUCACUCAGUCGUUGAAGCAUUAUUACGAGAAAACCGGCAUUCGCAUGUUGACGAUAUGUCCUGGGCUCACCACAACAGCAAUGGCCGCCAGAUUCAUGUCAACGAAAGAGCACGCCAUGGAUCUUCUCGACGAAGAAACUGCGGCUAACGCAAUGACUACUAUGCAGAAACAACCACCAGAACACGUAGCAAGUGCCAUCAUUCAGUUAAUCGAGAACGGAAAGAACGGUGCGAUUUUCGUGAUCGAGAACAACCAACCCGCCUACGCCAUUGAAGUUCCUAGUUACAGCACUCUAAAAGUGCCUAUAGAAACGUCAUCUAACUAGACCUACCGAAUCCGUUCACCUAAUUAAUUUAAUAUUUAUCAAUGCAACUAACGAUACCUGUUCAUAACAGAAGUGUUCACUAUAAAUUUACAAUAAUCUUGUCGUUUAAGCAAUUAACUACUUAACUAUAUACCAGACCUUAUCGUACUCGCUUACUUGUUGAAGCACUACAAUGCAUAACGUUUUGUAACCACUAUUAUGUAUAAUAACUAACAGUAAACACAAAAUAUAAAUAAUUAUUACAAUAGUUAUUG